AAUCUCUAAACGGAAGGAAACUUCUUUCAAAUCACGUCAACACGGUACAGACAUGGAGGUUUGCGGUCGAAAACUUCGACUUAAAUCUUCGCCUUUUCCUGCACAAUUAGAUGUUUGAACCGAGUGACAUGUGCCAAAAUGCUAUUGUGAGGCUUUUCAGACGAGGGUUGCAUCACUUCACCUUCGCUUUGCCGCCGCUGUUAGCCUGCGGAUGCUAAACGCAGGCAGCCCGCAGCUACAGCCAAGCUAGCUGCCGACUGUCCCGCACACCGGACUGAGUUCCUCAUCGCCCCGACUCGUUCUUUUUUUUGUUCCCCGAUCAAUGACUCGGUGGUGCGGUGGAGGAUGUGGAAAUUGACCUCGCGAGCGCUUGGUGGCUUGGUGACAGUUUGGUUCUUCGGGAACUUUGUUUUUUGUUGGUUUCAACACAGCAGCAACAACGGGAGACCGCAAACGCAGCACAGCGACAGAACUUCGGACGGCCAGGAUCAGAGCUGCCUCUGCCAUCUCACAGGAGUGCUGGAUGACUGCUUCUGCGACGUGGAGAGCAUCGACGUCUUCAACAACUUCAAGAUUUAUCCUCAGAUCAAGAAGCUGACAGAGAGGGACUACUUCAGAUACUACAGAGUGAACCUGAAGCGGCCGUGUCCUUUCUGGCCUGAUGAUGGACACUGCUCCAUCAAAGACUGCCAAGUGGAGCCCUGCCCAGAGAGUAAAGUCCCUGACGGCAUUAAGUCUGGAAACUACAACAAGUACUCGCAGGCGCCCAGCACCAUGGUCGACAUGCAGGAGUGUGAGCAGGCCAAAGAGCUGGGAGCCAUCAACAGCACCCUGAGUAACCAAAGUAAAGAAGCUUUUGCUGACUGGACAAGACAUGACGAUGCUCAGGAUCACUUCUGUGAGCUGGAUGAUGAGACGUCUCCAGAUGCAGAAUAUGUGGAUCUGCUGCUGAACCCGGAGAGAUACACCGGCUACAAAGGUCCUUCUGCCUGGAGAGUCUGGAACAGCAUCUAUGAGGAAAACUGCUUCAAACCCAGAUCAGUGUACCGACCUCUGAACCCUCUGGCCCCCAGCCGAGGAGACGAUGAUGGAGAAGGUUUCUACGACUGGCUUGAAGGUUUGUGUUUGGAGAAAAGGGUCUUCUACCGUCUCAUCUCCGGCCUCCACAGCAGCAUCAACAUCCACCUGUGUGCGGAGUACCUGCUGGACGAGGGCUGGGGCCGGGCGGUUUGGGGCCCUAACAUCCAGGAGUUCCGCCUCCGCUUUGACACGGCAGAGACGAAGGGAGAGGGAACCCGCCGGCUCAAAAACCUCUACUUCCUGUACCUGAUCGAGCUGCGGGCUCUCUACAAGGUGGCGCCGUACUUCGAGCGAGCCAUCGUCAACUUGUACACCGGAAACGCUGAGGAGGACGGAGAAACCAAGGAGCUCCUGCUGAGCAUCUUUAACAAGAUCAAAACUUUCCCGAUGCAUUUUGAUGAGAAGUCCAUGUUUGCUGGAAACAAAAUAGAAGCCAAAACCUUAAAGGAGGAAUUCCGCCUCCACUUCAAAAACAUCUCCAGGAUCAUGGACUGUGUGGGCUGCAGCAAAUGUCGACUGUGGGGCAAACUGCAAACUCAGGGUUUGGGCACGGCGCUGAAGAUCCUCUUUUCCGAGAAGGAGAUCCAGAACCUUCCAGAGCACAGCCCGUCGAAGGGGUUCCAGCUCACAAGGCACGAAAUUGUGGCCUUAAUAAACGCCUUCGCCAGGUUAUCCACCAGUAUACACCAGCUCCAUAACUUCCGCUUGAUGUUGAAGGAAAAGGGGUAACAGGAGGAGAAGGCCCUCUGACCAUUCUUCAGCGCAGCAACGCAGCAGUCCGACCUCUCGCCCCAAAUCAGACUUCUGCUGUGAAGAUCAGGCGCAGCAGCCAAUCACCGUUUUUCUCCUUUAUGCUGAUCUCAACAAUCUGUUUGACUUUGUUUUUAUUUCAUCGUGACGUCCUCCUGAAGUGAACCAUGAAUGGUAACUUCUCUGCUUCUUACUGCCUUCAUUCCAAAACGUUCCAAAAUCCUCACCUGGCACUUCUUCUGCUCUUCAGCUCAGUUAGGACUUUUUUUUUCCUUCUUCCUGAAGUUAAUCCUGAAAAAAAAGGAAGGAAUAAGACUGACCAGAAACAAACCAAAUGACAGAUGUCAUAUUUAUGAUCCCCUUCAGCUCGUCAGCUCCUGCCUCACCCCAUGAUAAUGAAAGUUUAAAGAUGGCCGACCGUGGACUCUAACCUUUUUUGGGGAGGGGUGGGUAAUUUCUCAGCAGAUUUUAGUCUGAAGAAUUCAGAAGAACUUAAGACCCGAUGGAGCGUUUUCAGCGGAAGAUUCUACAUUGAUCUCAAGCGUCAAAUCUAGAUGUUUAUAUAUGUAAACAUCAUAGAGAGCAGUUCAGGAUGGGACUGAACUCUCAGAAGUGCUUUGGCUCAUCUUCAUGCUUGUAUAUAAGGAACAGGAAAUCACAGAAACACAAACCUGCUUCUAAAACUCCUCAGAAAUAACAUUUUAUUCGUUUUAUGUUUUUUUUUUUUUUUUUUUGCUAACAUUUAGGAAUUUAAAAAGGUGGGCUAAAUAUUAAAAAUGCAUCUUUGUUAAAAAGAAUUUUCUGUGCAAAAAUCUGCUCAGUGAGGAGCGUUUGGACUGAAAGAGGCCUAAUUGUUAUGUUAGUCCAGAUUUUACCAGCUAUAGGCAUCAGUUAAGCUGAUAUUCAUGUGCUUACUAGCAGAAAACAGUGCCUCAAUGUGAAAAAGGAAAACAUAAAACUCCUAGAAAAGUUUGCUAAUCAAAGAAGCAGAUCUGAGCUGCAUCUGUUUGAGCAGAAUCCCCUAUAGGAUCCUGAACUAUAGAGACAUAUAUAUAUAUAUAUAUAUAUUUUUAAACCUUGAGAGCAGAUGUUCAUUAUUUAUGUUGAGAGGAAAGAGGCGUUUUCUGUCUUUCUGCUGUUGAAACAAUGUUGAGAAAAGAUUCACCCGAGCAGGAAAACAGAGGUUCUGUUGAAUGAUAUUGCUCCUGUGUUUCUUUUGAAUCCAUAUAAUCUCAAAUUGAGAAUACUUAGAUUGAGGGGACGGGAGGUUUCCAUGCUUCAUACUGACUACUCUGUAAUGUUCUCAUCAUGAACGAUUUUUAUUUAUCUUCCUGACUUGUUGAUAUAGCUCGUCAGCUGACUUUUAUGUCGGUCACGUUUCCAUGUAAACUAUUCGCUGCUUCUAUAGUUUUCAACCUACGUAAAACAAGCAAAAAGUGUCUCAUCAGUGUAGCGAGAUGUUUCUGCGAAGCUGCCUGCGGAAAUCCUUGGGAGUCAUUAAAGGAAAAAUGUUCUUCUAGAUUGUCUCAAAAGUAAAAGCUUCAGAUGUUUUGCUCAUGAAUAACAGAACUCUGAACAUUCCUGGUGGAUAAAAAGACUUUGUUUAAAUCUUCUUGUUUUGCUAUCAUGUUGGAUGGUAUGUUUAAUGUUACAAAGAUCAAUGCAAAAACGAUAGGAAACCCAAAUUUGGAAAAAAACAAGACUUCACCAUUUGUGUUUUGCUUACAUGGCUGCUGGUUCUGUGUCAUUCUUUUGCACCGCUGUAAGGAAAUCUUCCUCCCAGGCGGCAAAACUUCAUUGAACCUUCUGGCAGCUCGGACGUCUUCGUCCCUCAAACUCUUCUGCAAACUUCUGUUCUAGUCAGGAAGAACUCCUGUUCUGGUCAGCUUUCAGUUUCCUCUCAAUAUAAUUUGUUUGUUUUGCUCAACUGUGCAGCCAUUGUAAGGGCCAAAGACCUUUUACGUUGCCUUCUUUUUAUUUUUGUUGUUUUCUCACUUAUGACUUUAGGAACUGUGUUUGUUUUUCAUUUGAUUUUAUCCUCAUCUGCUGUGCACCACUUUAGAGCUAUGUUGCUGUCGAAUCCUUCAUUUCUAUCCUUCUUGUCUGGAUCAAGGAAGGUGGACGUCAGUGUGAAGUUUGCCUGUUUGAAAUCGGAAAUAAAACAUCAGAAAAGGGCAGCUCUUCAGAAGCAC